UCAUCUUUUUGUUUUCCCCUUCCUCACUCCAAAGUUUCACAAUCAUUUGUUGCGAACCAAAAAGCUCGUGUGAUUCUCCAAAUCUUCUUCUUCUCUCUUAUGGCGACACCGAAUCAGGAAGCAAUCGACACUUUCAUCAGCAUCACCGGCGCUUCAGAGGCCGUCGCUCUUCAGAAACUCGAGGAACAUCGUGGUGAUCUUAAUCAAGCUGUGAAUGCAUAUUUCGGCGAGGGAGAUCGAAAUGUAGUAAGUGAAGCGCCGGUUAAUAUUUCUCGUGAUGAUGAAAUGGAUAUAGAUGAUGUGAUUCCGGCUCCACAGUCUCCUUUAUCUAUGUUCAAUGCAGCUAGAACAAUGGGCCGUCCCUUUUCGCUUUUGGAUUCAGACUUUGCUAGAAGUAUAUUUGAUAACGAUCCUCUUAUGCCACGCCCUCCGUUUGUUAGUCAUCCCAGAGAGGUUAGACAGAUACCAAUCGAGGUUAAGGAUAGCAGUGGACCAUCAGGACGAUCUAGUGAUGCUCCUACUAUUGAGGAUGUGACAGAAACAACACAUGUUCAGGCUCCAGCUACCCAAGGAACUGUUAUUAUAGACGAAGAGAGUGAUGAUGAUAUUCCUUUUGCACCAAUGGGACGAAGUAGGCAAGACAGACCUGCUGGUUCUGAAGCCAAUAAUAAUCAAGAUUACAAUGAUAUAGAAGAAGAAAUGAUCAGAGCUGCCAUUGAGGCCUCAAAGAAGGAGGCUGAGGGAUCAAAUAACCCUUUGCUUGAAGAAAGGCCACCUCACGUGGAAGAUGAUGAUGACAUAGCAAAAGCUGUUACAAUGUCACUGAAGUCAGCAGAGGAAGAAGUUUUGCGCAAUCAAGGGCUUAUGCCCUCAACCUCAGAAAUAGGAACUUCUGAAAUGGCUGUUGCUCAAGGACCUCAGGAUACCCAAGCCCUGAACGGAAGAUUGGCAGCACCUAGCUCACCAUUUGAUGAUGACUCUGAUGAUGUUGAUGAGCAACCUCUUGUUAGACACAGGCCAAGACGUGCAGCAUCUGGAUCUCUGGCUCCACCUAACGCUGAUCGUUCCCGGAGUGAGAGUCCUGAAGAAGAAGGUGCAAGUAUUAAUCCAGCGGAGCGUGGCAGUGGGUUUCCUUCUGAGUGGGGAGGCAUUUCGUCUGAGGAACAUGAUGAAGCUGUCAUGCUCGAGGCAGCCAUGUUUGGUGGCAUUCCUGAAACUGGAUAUAAUCAUCGUCCAUAUAUACCUCCUCAGCCGUGGGCACAACCCCGUCCACCCUCACCUUCGCUGACAGCUCAGAGGUUAAUACGGGAACAGCAGGAUGAUGAGUAUCUUGCAUCCCUGCAAGCUGACCGAGAUAAAGAAAUGAAAUCCAUAAGAGAUGCUGAGGCACGUCAGCUAGAUGAAGAAACUGCUAGAAAGGCUUUUCUGGAGGAAGAAAAGAAAAAAGAGGAAGAAGUUCAAAGAAAACUCGAGGAGGAACAGGAGCUAGAAAGGCAACUAGAUGCAAAAGAAGCGUCUCUACCUAAGGAGCCCCAAGCAGAUGAAAAGAAUGCCAUUACCCUUCUAAUCCGGAUGCCGGAUGGCACACGCCGUGGCCGCCGGUUCCUUAAAUCCGACAAACUCCAAUCUCUUUUCAACUUUAUAGACAUUGCCAGAGUGGUCAAACCCAACACUUACAGACUGGUGAGGCCAUAUCCGAGGAAAGCGUUUGGGGAUGGAGAAAGUGAGUCAACUCUGAACGAUCUUGGAUUGACCAGCAAACAAGAAGCACUGUUCCUUGAGCUUAUCUGAGCAAGUUUAAAGUUCUUAAAUAUAAGACUCUUUAAUUUUUAAGUUAUUACUUCUUUCUAUACAAGAAUAGUAAUUGUUGGUGCGAUUAUAAUCUAUAAAACCGUUUUCCAGUUGUACAUACAGUAUACAUUACUGCCUAAUCUCUGGCUCUCUCGUUCUCUAGUAUAAUUUUUAUCAUCUUCGAUUU